AUGGGUGUGGUGCAGGACAUGGGUGACUCCCUGCGUUCAGAUCCUCAACACCCAUAUAAAAAGCUAGGCAUGACUGCACGUGCCUGCAACCCCAAAGUAGGAGGCACGAGGGUUCCUAGCUCUCACCAAGCAGCCAGCCUAGCUGAAAACAGUGAGCACCAGGUCCGGGAAAGGCUGCUUCUGAAAAGUUCCCUCUUCUUAGCAAGCUCCACACUGAAAGGAACAUUGGUUGCAACCAUGAUGCCGAAAUAUUACUUUCUAGGCUUCCUCAUCAUGUCCUUCCUGAUCAGUGCAACAGAAACUCAGCCAGCCCAUGGAUCUCUGAAGCCUCAGAAGGUCCAGUUUCAAUCCAGAAACUUCCACAACAUUUUGCGCUGGCAGCCAGGAAGUUCCCUCACUGGCAACGACAGUGUCUACUUCGUGCAGUACAAAAAGUAUGGACAGAGAGAAUGGAAAAAUAAGACGGACUGCUGGGGGACCACAGCGCUCUUUUGUGACCUGACCAAUGAAACCUUAGACCUGUACGAGCCAUACUAUGGGAGGGUGAUGACCGCCUGGGCCGGGAGCUACUCUGCCUGGAGCAUGACACCCCGCUUCACCCCGUGGUGGGAAACCAAGCUAGACCCUCCAGUUGUGACUACAAUCCAAGUUAAUGCAUCAUUGCUGGUGCUUCUCCGUGCCCCAGAACUGCCAUAUAGAAACCAAAAUGGAAAAAACACAUCUAUGGAAAAUUACUAUGACUUAGUAUACCGAGUUUUCUUAAUUGAUGAUUCACUAGAAAAGGAGCAAAAGGCCUAUGAAGGGACUCAGAGAACUGUUCAAAUAAAAAGUCUGACACCUCGUUCUGGUUACUGCCUAGUGGCUGAAAUAUAUCAGCCCAUGUUAGGCAGAAAAAGCCCGAGAAGUGAGCAGAGAUGUGUUCAGAUUCCAUGAGCUGGUCUGAGGCACCCUGCAGUGUGGAAACCAAAGGCGCACUGAGGAUGGGAUUGCUUCUGCCUGCAACAGCUUGCUGACCUUCUGUUUCUGUUUUCUUAGAGCAAUGUCUACCAACACCUUCCAAGGGUUUCUUGUCAAUACUUCCUUUUCUGUUUCAGUUAUAAAGUAAAUUUUAACAGAUUCAAAAUUAGAAUUUAAAGAAGAUAUAAACAAUAAAGAGAGUGUGAUGGCACCUGUCUUUAAUCCCAGCUUGGAGAGGCAGAGGCAGGCAGACCCCGGCUUUGAGACCAGCCUGGUCUACACAGAGACUUCCAGUCUAACCAGGGCUACAUAAGGAGACCCUGCCUCAAUAAAAUAAGAUGUUAAGAUAAAUAUCUUCUAUAAAACAGAGAAGCUUGUUUCUGAAUAUAACAACCUAACAAUAAUCUUUUUUUCUGUUAAAAUUGCAAAAUAAAAAUCAAGGAAUAACAGGCAUUUAAUAAAACGUUACAAUAAUUUUAAAGCAUUGUAAACAAUCCUGCAUCAAUAUUUUUUGCUUUUGCCACAGAUACACUGAUUUAAUAUUUUAUGUGAAUGAAUAUAUUUCUGUACAUUUCUAUUUUUAUUUCUUACAAGAUAUUUCUACAUAGCGAACCAACAUUUUAUAAAUAAUCUUUCAUGGCUCCGAAUUAAUCUCCAAUUAAGAUUUUCAACAAUAACAUUAGAUAUUGACAGAAAUCUCCACAAUACAAUUUCCCCUCACACAUAAUCUUAGUAAGAUUAUGCUUUCUGGUUUUGUUUUUAAUAUUGCCUUAGAAUAUACCUGCAUUGUCAAAAUGAAGCAUAUAUUUAUCAGCAUCAAGGACAGGAGAAACAUAGAGACCACACUGAUAACUCAGCCAUUCAAGCAAAGGGGUCCCUUUCUGUUAGAAUGACCGUUUGGUCGAGGACAGUUGGAGUCCACAUAGGAAACUUGGCUUGAAGCUAAAGGCACAUGGUGGAUGCUUAAGUUGUGUCUGAGAUUAUAAAAAAAAGCCAAAACCCCUGCGAACUCUAGUGCCUCUCCUGAGCAAAGAUCAGGUGGCCCAGGCCUCGGAAAGUGACCAACCAGCUUUGCCUGGGUUAAAUCUUUCUGUAGCUCACUGAACUUAUCUGCUAGCAAAAAGACAUGUAUGAGAGAACAUUUGCAAUCAUCAUGAAAGAUGCUCCGAAAUAUAACAUCCAAAAAUCCAAUCAAUAUCUGAAGUGUUGGCCCUACUGCCCUGUAUGCUCAGAAAACAUUGAUUUUUUUUUACUCCUAUUUUUCAAUUAUUCAAUUUUUAUUUCUUUUUGUGGUUUAGUAGCUUUUUUUUUUUUUAUGCUCUUGUACUUUGGGAGGGUGACGAGAAGGAUGAGCCCAUGAUUGUGGCCAGGAGCAUGUACAUGGUGGCAUAAUUUAGGUUGUGAACUCAGUCAUCUAAAGCCUCAUGUCACAAAAAGUAAUUGUUGGCACAUGAAUGCUGCCAGAUAACGUAGUGUUUUUCUUUGCUUUUGUUUUGCUUUGAGUUUGCCUUCAUACCUGAGCACAGCUAUGUUUACAUGAGUAUGAAAUGCUUUGAGAAUCAUUACAAUUUCCACAUUCUUGAUUAUGUUAAGAACAAAUUGUCACAUUAAUUCAAUAAAUAUU